CCUCGAGUCGAGUGGGCGGAGACACAGCUCUGAUUGAGCUUUCUCCGCGAGGAGAUGGAACGCGUACUCCGUGAGAUCACAUCCUUGCAUACACUGCAGCAGAGAGCGAUUCGACGGUAGAAGCAACUUCGCCCAACCUUACCCAGAUUUCCGACAAAAGGAGCCGAUUUCCGAUUUGAGGAUUGCGUAAAAAUAGGAAGCUCCGAAGUUUCAUUUUAUUAAACUGUGGCAAUCUACACGCAAUAAGAACCAUGGGCUGUAUUCUGCAGAUCCCCCAUCUUUGAGGAUUUACGGCUUUUUAUACGUGCUAUUGGAAUUGUACCCAUCGGAGUGUACCACCGCAUUUCAGCCUAUAAAAUAAACUAGCGACAAUGUGGGAGAGAAACGAUUACAACGAUGGAUUUGACACUUACAAAAUGGGUUCUGGCACGCCCUCUCCAGGAUGGGUCCCGGGGUGCGAGUCGACGUGGCAGGGCGCCGCCUCCUCGGCCAGCGGCAGCAGUAACCGCGCGCGGCGACACAGCACCGCCUCGGACAGCGGCGACACGGGCAUCGGGACGUCCUGCUCCGACAGCGUGGAAGGUCAGGGGACGCACGCGCACGCGGAUACGUGCGAAUACCACUCCAGCUCCAGCGGCACGCUGUGCUUCCAGCCGCUGCGCUCCCAGGGCUCCAUCCCCACGGCGCACGUCAUGCCCUCCCCCUCCAUCUCCAAACUGAGCGGCCCCCCGGCCCCCGGCUCCUGGGGCAGCUGCCAGCUCCCCUCCCCGCUGGACAGCCCGCUGGACAUGAAGGACCCGCGGCCGGUGCGCCGCUGGUCGUCCCUGACGCGCCUGAGCGGGACGGGCGCGGACAAGGGCAGCCCCGCUGGGAGGCCGGCCUACCGGGGCGACGCCCACGGCUCCCUGGACCGGGGCCUCCUGUACGGCUACCGGUCGGACCACCUCCACCACGGCCCCGACGGCAGCGCCCCGGUGCUCCACAGGCUGUCGCCGGGGGCGGAGCCCAGGUACAGGUACGACCUGUGCGCGAAGGCGGAGCCCGCCGGCCCCGCCCCCCUCAAGCCCAACAGCCUGGACCUGACCUACAGUGCCUUACCCGAGAGCAAGCCCCUCGCCCAGGGGCCCGCGCAGCGGGGGCUGCCCCUGGGGCACCAGGCCGUGGGGGGGUCGCCCAUCCAGCCCGCCGUCCGGACCCAGAUGUGGCUGAGCGAGCAGAUGCACUCGAACCCGGUGGAGUACCGGGCGGGGCCCGAACUCUGCGGCCUCGCCGCUGCCUGGCAACAGGACCGCGAGAGACUCCGGCAGGAGACAGAGCUCACCCAGACUCUCGGGAGUACGCCCCUUCCCAUGAACACCCUGGUGAAGAUCAAAGAGGGCCUCCUGAGGCAGAGGGAGCUGGAGAUUGACAGGCAAAAGCAGCAGAUCUUGCAGCUCCACGCGCGAAUCAGGGAGAACGAGCUGAGAGCGCAGCAAGUCAUCCACGGCCAGAGGGGGCGCUGUGAAGACUCCUACCUGCUCCAACCUAAGGAGUCCCCGUACAGCAGCCCAGCGUCUCCGGGGCAACUCCCCGACAGGCCGAGCCCCCUGUGCUGUGAGAACGGGGAGCCGGGCCGCAAGCUGGCCGCCGCAGAGCUGGAGGUGAUCCACCUCAACGAGUUCCUCAAACAGAACACCCAGAAGUACACCGAGGACAUCAAGAAGCUGGAGGAGAAGAUGAAGACGCGCGACCGCUACAUCAGCAGCCUGAAGAAGAAGUGCCAGCGGGAGACGGAGCAGAACCAGGAGAAGCAGCAGCGCGUGGAGACGCUGGAGAAGUACCUGGCCGACCUGCCCUCUCUGGACGAGGUUCAGAGCCAGGCCCAGCAGCUGGAGGAGGUGCAGGGGAAGGCCCGGACCCUCCAAGAGAAGGUGACCCAGCUGGAGCAGAGCCUGGAGGAGAGUCACGCUUUGCUCAAGGAGAAGGAAGCCCUCAUUGAGACCCAGGCCAAGAGGGAGAAGGAGCUGGUGGCAGCCGUGCAGAGCCUGACGGAGAAGGUGGAGCAGUGCCUGGAGGACGGCGUGCGGCUGCCCAUGCUGGACCUGAAGCAGCUGGAGAGGGACCGGGCUCGUCUGCAGGAGCAGCACACGCAGAGCAGCCAGCUCAUCGACAAUCAGAAGAAACAAAUUGAGAAGCUCACUCUCGAGUUAACGGCUGCAGAGAAGAGGCUGCAGAAGGAGAAAGGAGUCUCUCAGGACCUGCGCAAGCGGCUUCUGGAGAAAGACCAGGACCUGGAGACGCUCUCCAAAACACUUCAGGAGAACCAAAGACAGGUGGAGGAGGAGGCGGAACAGCAGGCCCCGGGCGUGCCGGGGCCCGAGGUGGGGCCCCUGCUGAAGGAGAUGUCCCUGUGCCUGCUGGACCUGAAGGCGCUCUGCAGCAUCCUGACCCAGCGGGCUCAGGGCAAGGAGCCCAACCUGGCGCUGCUGCUCGGCAUCAAGUCGAUGAGCUGCUCGAGCGAGGAGAACGAGCGGCCGCUGAUCGAGGACGGCCUGCGGGCCAAGCUGGCGGAGGUGCGGCAGCUGAGGAAGGACGUGGACGACCUGCGGACCAUCAUCUCCGACCGCUACGCCCAGGACAUGGGGGACAGUUGCACCACGCAGUGACGGGCGCGCUCGGCUCCGCCCCUUUUCCGGAACUCCGUCGGGGUCGGCCAAUCGUAAACCCGGGCAGGAGGACGAGAGGGGGCGGGGCCCCCGUUUAUAAAGAAGGGAAGGGAAAUGAGGCGAAGAAUAAAGAAGAGGUACGGAGUCUUCGCACAGGGAGGGCGGAUUGACCUGAAAUAACCUCCCUUACUACUGAAUGUAGGACCAAGCUGUGAAUCUGGUUUACACGGAAGCGUCUUCUCAUUUCUGAGUUUCAGUGUUAACCCCCUUGUUUUUCCUUCUCCUCCCCCUCGUGUUUUUAACUCAUAACCCUUUGAUUCCUGUGUCUCGUUUUUCACCGGAGGUUUUUCUGUUGUAACCGAUCGGACCUUGUUUUUAUUUAAACCCUGGAAAGUCCUGGCCCUCUUGCAGAUGUCCAGGGGCCACUCCGUGAAAAAACUGCUCUCAGAACCAGGUUCCGGAAGGUUCUCUGGGUGUGUCACACUUCCGUCCGCAGUCUCAUUGGCCUGUGCAAAAAAAAAAAAAAAAUGAAAGGCUCUCAAUGCUGCUUUUCCAAGUGCCUCACGGUUUUGAAACGUUCGUCAUCUACACGUCUGCUGCCCCUGUUUCCUACCACACUGUAAGCAGAGCCCAACCCCCUUUAACCUCAAGGAGUUGCCAUCAGGAUCUGAGCCCAAAGACGGAGGGUAGAGAUCCUGUUCCCCUGGCGAGUGACUGUCGCGGGUCGACGUCGCCAGGUGGCGCAGCCCAUCACAACCGGGCAACGACCUCGUGGGAACCAUGGAUACCGGGGUGUCCCUCCAACGCACCUUUGUGUCAGGUUCAGUGUUGCUCAUCUUUGUGUGGUGUGAGCGUGGUUCUGCGCUCUGUCCUGAAUUAAGUUCGGUGUGCACAGUCCGAUCUUGCUAAAUCUAAAAGAGUCCAGUAUACCUGUGAAAGAAGUCACAGGCAGUUUCCUCUAGUAUACCAGCUGUACCGAACACAAACCAAAUGUGUUGGCCCUGCAGAGUCGAGCAAUAUUACUGUUACUACAGACUGGAUUGUUUGCAUCGGAUUUUAUAAACUUUGUGAGAAAAGAUUCAGGGGGCUUUGUGCAAGAUGCACGCAGGUCAAACAAAUUCAGGAAAAUUUUUAUUCGUCGAGUUUUAGGGUGACUUGUUAAAACACAUGCAAAUAACGGUUUGCAAAGAUGACUUUCCAACUAAUUGCUUCAGUUCUUCUUAAGAAUGCAGGAUUGGUUGGCUGGUUUUCUUUGCCAAGCCUUUUGUUUAUGUGCUGCGGAUUAAAGUAAAAUCUGGUUAAAGUGCUUUUUCAAAAUAGACACAAUCGGAUGCCACAAUAUGAUAUUUUGUUUGAGCGUUCCCUGAAAACGAUCGCUUUCAUAGUCGCGUGUCACUUUCCAAAAUGGCCGUGCGAAGCUUCCGUACGGCCGCGCAUACGAGGCGAGGUCAUGUGUUCCGCGGCCGCACAAGCACAAAGGACUCUGGGGCUUUAACGUUCGUUCCGCCCUCGGAGAGAAGCCAGCCGAGAACGCCGCCGAUCUCAUCUUCGGAAACGAGUUCGAGCGACCCCCAGGCGUCCGUUCCUCCAUACCCAAGGUCCGCCAGGCGCCAGAGGCCGUCUCGAGCCCUGGCCCCCCCCCAUGUGGAAUGUACCGUGGCGGGAAUCCCGCUCUCACACGCGCCGUUCUUCCAGUCGUUUCAACGGCCCCCGCGCCACAGGAAACACCCGCCCUCUCGCUUUGUGUUUUUUAUUACAAAGGGAAAGAAACGUUCAGAGUUUCGGUUAUGACAACCCACGCAUCGUGCGUCUUUGAAAGAGGAUUUUUGUGUAGUAAAAGGGAUUGAACCAGCCAGCAAACUUCAACAUACAUUCUCUGUUUCUGUUGGUCAUUAUAUGCAUGGGUGUGCAUCAUAUUGGUCUCUCUGAUGGGACACGUUAUGUGCCCUGUAGGAAGCCUAAUUAGCAAAAAACAAUUGUGUACUAUCAUGGGGUGUAAAUACUAUGCAAUAUCACAUUUACCAGCUCUCUAGGACGCAACGAAUACAGAUGAUACGAGGCAUGUUGCAUGUCCUCUCUGUGCCUUGACAAAAACGUGGCAGGUCUCCCCCCAGAUGGGACAUUUUCUUCCUCACAGAAAUUUCGCAAGCGACAGAAUCGACUGGUAAAAACACCUGCAUGUGUGUCGCACAGUCACAAAACUACGAAUCCAUUUCUGCCUCUCUCGGGCUGGCUAGAAGGGUUCCAUCGGCAUGUAAAGGUCACUGUGCUAUGCUAUGUAGCUCUGGACAUUGCAUACAGUAUAUC